CUAAAUCACUAGCUUGGGUACGCCCACGCUAAAUAAACCCAUCGACUGUAAUCCUCACUGUACACAGCGGAAUCCUCUGCGGCUAUUUUCUUUCUUACUAGAAGUUUGUGUCAAUUAAAUCGAAGAAAUGGACAACUCUGGGAAAGAGAAGGAAGCAAUUCAGCUCAUGGCGGACGCUGACAAAAAAGUCAAGUCCUCUGGCUCUUUUUUGGGAGGGAUGUUUGGAGGAGGACAUCACAAAGUGGAAGAAGCAUGUGAGAUGUACUGCAGAGCUGCCAACAUGUUCAAGAUGGCCAAGAACUGGAGUGCUGCUGGAAAUGCAUUUUGCAAGGCAGCACGUCUCCAUAUGCAGCUGCAGAACAAACACGACUGUGCCACCAGUUUCAUUGAUGCAGGAAAUGCUUACAAGAAGUCGGACCCUAAUGAGGCAAUCAAGUGUUUAAAUGCUGCCAUCGAUAUAUACACAGACAUGGGAAGAUUCACCAUCGCAGCCAAACACCACAUCAGUAUUGCAGAGAUAUACGAGUCUGAGUUGGUGGAUAUCGAAAAGGCUAUUGCACAUUAUGAACAAGCAGCAGAUUACUACAAAGGAGAAGAAUCUAACAGUUCUGCCAACAAGUGUCUGCUGAAGGUGGGGGCUUACUGUGCUCAGUUGGAGCAGUACCAGAAGGCCAUUGAAAUUUACGAGCAGGUUGGAGCCAACACAAUGGACAAUCCAUUGCUGAAAUACAGCGCCAAAGAGUACUUCUUCAAAGCCUCCCUCUGUCAUUUCAUUGUCGACGAGCUCAAUGCUAAGAUCGCUGUUGAAAAAUAUGAAGAGAUGUUCCCGGCUUUCUCAGACUCUCGAGAAUGCAAACUGUUGAAGAAACUUCUUGAGGCUCAUGAGGAACAGAACAGCGAGGCUUUCACAGAGGCAGUAAAAGAGUUUGACUCAAUCUCACGUUUGGACCAGUGGCACACGACCCUCCUGCUACGCAUCAAAAAGACCAUCCAGGGUGAUGAAGGGGAUUUGAAGUGAAAGAAUCCCAGGAAAUGCAACACAGAAGGACAAACCCAUCACGCAUGCUUUCUCUCUCUCUCUCUCUCUCUCUCACUCUCUCUCUCACACACACACACACACACAUACACACACUGUUUCACUUACUUCACUGUGUAUAGCAUCUGGAGAUGAGUGUCUGGUGAUGAUUUUGAAUAUUCCACUGCUCACUGCUAUAAUGUCACAGUUCUGUCUUUGCUUUCCUUAUGAGAAUAAAUGAAUCUAGUCAGAAUGUAAGUCCUCUCGCCCUCUCCUCUGUCCAGAGGAUUGCUGCAUACCUUUCCUGCUGAAAUCUGUCCUGGGGGAUUUCAGAGUGGUAUACUGUAUUGAAAAUGAGGUUAGUAUUGACAACAAGAAGUGCAUGUUUUGUACUAUUGUUAUUUCUUAGUCAGAUGCAGCUUUUUUUUUUUUUUUUGAUUGAACUGAUUAUUUGUUUCAGUUUGGUGUACAUAAACCCACCAUGGUGUGUAUAGAUUGCAAGAAUGUACCAUUAUCUUCAUUUUUUUAUCUGCCAGAGUACAAGAGAAAGGAAUCAAACCAAUGUUGUGAUUGUUCUUAAAACUAAAGUCAUUACAGUGAGGAAAAAAAUUGUGACUGUUUCCAUUUUAUCACUAACGGGGAGAGACUCUUCUUGGAGAAGGGCAAUGAUAUGCACCAAGUGUAGACUGUUAAACAUUUGUAUCUUUUGACAGCCAUACGCAUUCAUUCUUCUUACAUUACUUUAGAAUUGUUUAUUAUUACUGUAGGGUUUGUUGAUGUGAUAAUAUUUUGAAUUUGUGAUUUCUAGUUGGCCUGUGGAAAAUUUAUUGCACUGACAUGGAAAACCAUGCUCCUUACUUCCAGGGAUGUAAUCUUGGGGGUAAUGUGCAUCAUUAGUCACUCAUCUCGUGCUGUGUCGUGAUGUGAACUUAUCAUUGAAGGUGUGCCACUACAGUGCACCUUCCAAAUCGCCAGUCGCUAAGCAUGUCAUUGUGUAUAGUUCAGAGUUGUGUUCCAUUCACUAGUGUGAGCCAGACCAAAGGUUUUACAAAAGGGUCAGUUGCCCUGCAUAUCCAGCUUCUUCCAUGUGGAAUGACAUUGGACCUUGGAUAUGAUCUGUAUGCUUGUGCGGAUGUACAAAAAUAAAGAUGUUAUAUCCCA